GAGAGUCACACACGCAGAUUAGCUUGAGCUAAUCACGGGAUUCUCCUCCUCUUCCACCUGGGAGGAAAUCCCAGCGGUGACAUAAAAAGAGUCCCACCCACGGGCGAGCACACAUAUAACGCUUGGCAGCAGCCGGGCGCUACUUCAACGCUUCCCAACGCUUCCGCGACAUCUUCAGCUGUCAAGCAUGGGCAACGAGCACGCCAAGGCCAAGGUCGAGGUCGAGGAUGAAAACACUCAGCCCGCUCAGGAAAAUGGAGGAGUCGGCGGCCUGACGGUCGACAUCACCUCCAACGGAUUGGACAUCGAUGUUAACAGCGAGACGUCAGUCCAACCCACGGGCAAGGCAGCGGCUGCCAACCCCCUGCAGGAGCCUGACUCUGCGACGGAACCUUCACCCGCUUCUCCUGAAGUCGAGCAGUGGAAAGUUGACAAAGUGAAUCUUCUUGACAAACUAUUCCCGAAGAAAGCAGAACCGGAAGCGACAGUUGAUCCCAAGAACGUCGAUGAGGAUGAAAGACGGAACGAUGGGAAGGAUGGAAGUCGUUCGGACGCUCGUAUCGAGCCAGAACCCAAUUUGAGCAGAGAAGAAGCCGAGCCCAAAGAGGAGUCGGAAUGUCGGCACGGCAACGCAGGAACAUCCACGCAGACGGACGGAACAGACGACACGGAGAUUCGGACGCAGACGGGAGAUGAAGAGGACACGAUGCUGGCUAACGUGUUCGAUGCCACAGAAGCAGGCAGACAUCUCGGUGACUACGAUAUUGUCGUCGCAGAAGAAGCGGUGGAGGACAGCUCCCAGGAGGAGGCCAGCUCCCAGGAGGAGGUCAGCUCCCAGGAGGAGACCAGCACCCAGGAGGAGGCCAGCACCCAGGAGGAGGCCAGCUCCCACCAGGAGGCCAGCUCCCAGCAGGAGGCCAGCUCCCAGGAGGAGGUCAGCUCCCAGGAGGAGGCCAGCUCCCAGGAGGAGGCGUCGCCGAGCAACCAGGAGGGAAUCAUCAUUGAAGAAAUCACAGUGGAGAACUUUGUUUAUGAGAACAUUGUCUUCACAAAUGAUGGCGAUGCCAGGAAUCCUGAGGAACCGGAUCCAGAAUCCAUCCCAGAAGUAGCCCAGGAGGUCAAAGUGGAAGAUGGAGAAGCAUCCUGUGGAUCACCGCUGACUGAAGCUGAGGAUGAUGUUGUCCUGCGUGACAUCAGAGAAGGAAACGUGAUCAGAGUAAUGGAGACCAUCUCAGAGGAGGAGGAACAUUCCAUCCUGGAGACACCGGAGCCAACGGUCCAGGAGGACAUUAUCAAGAUCUCAAAUGUACUCAAAGAACCUUCAGAGAGGCGCGAUGCUUGUGAAGAUGAACUGUCAACCAUUGAUGAAGUUCCUGAGGAACAUCUGGACGACGCUGGGUCUGAACUUGCAGAAGGAAACAAAACUGCAAAGGAGACGCAAGCGGAAGCGGUCGAUGUCCUCUCUGCAAACCCAGACUCUCAGGAACCCAGCACUGAUAUCCACCUGGAGGUCAUCCACUCUGAGGAAUCUACACCCAAGGAAACCGAGGCAGUCUUGGAAAGUGUUGAAGAUCAACCCGUCCAGGAAUCAUCUUCUGAAUCACAGGACAAAAUCCCUGCAAUCUCCACUGAGGAGGCCAUCAUUCCUGCUCAAGUUGAGGAAUCUACAAAGAAAGUCCAAGGAAGUGCGGAUAAAGAUCUUCCUACCAUCCGAGUAUCAGACGCAUCUGAAGAUGCUGAAGGUUCUGCAAUCCCAGACAAGUCACAUGUGAAGAUCAAAGACGAGGAAUUUGCACAGAAGAAAGCCGAGACUGUCCUGGAAAACGUUGCUGAAGAUACACCUGCCCAGGAAUCUUCCUCUGAAGGUAAAGCUGUGGUAGAUGUCCCUUCUUCUGAGUCACGUCACAAAAUCCCUCCAAUCCCCGCUGAGAAGAUCAUCAUCCCUGCUGAAGAUGAGAAAUCUACAGAAAAGGAAGUCCAAGGAAGUACAGAAGAAGAUACACCGAACCAAGAAUCCUCCUUGACAGAAAGAUCUGAAGGUAUGAUGGCAGAAGCUGGAGGUUCCAAACACCUCGCUGAUAUCCCAGCAAUCCUACAGCCACCCGUGGAAGAGAUCUCCAUCCCUGCUGAAGAUGAGGUCCACCAUGAGGAUCGUAAACAGGAAAAAGUGGAUCUCACCAUCGGAGGACCAGUUGCAGAAGGAUCUGAAGAUGCCGAAUGUCCCACAACAGUCAACGGAAUCCCAGACCACUCAGAGUCCCAUGUGGAGGUCUUCAUUCCUCCCAAAGACGAGAUCCGUUGUGAGGAACCGACACAGAAGCCAACUGAGGCAGUCCUGGAAAGCGUUGCUGAAGAUACACCUGCCCAGGAAUCAUCUUCUGUUGGUGAAGCUGGGAUCCAUGUUCCUUGUUCGGAAUCACGUCACCAAAUCCCUGCAAUUCCCGCUGAGGACACCAUGGUUUCUUCUCAAGGUGAGGAAUCUACACCAAAGCAGGUCCAAAGAAGUAUGGAUGAAGAUACGCCUAACCAAAGAUCUGAAAGUAUUGAAGCAGAGGCUGGAAGUUCUGAACAACCGUCUGAGAUCCCAACAAUCCUAUCUCCAACUGCUGAAGAUGAGGCCUGCUAUGAUGAUUGCAAACAGGAAGAAGUGGAUCUCACCAUCGGAGGAUCAGUUGCAGAAGGAUCUGAAGAUGCUGAAUGUCCCACAACAGUCAACAGAAUCCCAGACCACUCAGAGUCCCGUGUGGAGGUCUUCAUUCCUUCCAAAGACGAGAUCUGCUGUGAGGAACCGACACAGAAGCCAACUGAGGCAGUCCUAGAAAGCGUUGCUGAAGAUACACCUGCCCAGGAAUCAUCUGAAGAUGAGGCCUGCUAUGAUGAUUGCAAACAGGAAGAAGUGGAUCUCACGAUCCGAGUAUCAGUUGCAGAAGGAUCUGAAGAUGCCGAAUGUUCAGACCACCGUGAGGAAUCUGCAGUUCCAGAACCUGCUGGAGAAGAUUCCACUGGAGGCCAACUUUCUGAAUCAUGUGAAGCUGAAAAUUCCGAAGCCAACCCUGCGACAUCGGAAGUCCCUAAAGAGGAGCAGGCGAGUCCUCGUGAUGAUGAAGGUGUCGCCGCAGUGGAGAUAGUUGUUGAGGCUCCUUCAGAGACCUCCACACUUUGUGAAAUCAAGAAUGGCCUGCCAGCAGAACCACCAGGAGAAGAGGAUCUGGGUUCUUGCAGUUUAGACCAGGAGGAACCAGUGGAAGAGAAUACGGACCAUAGCGAAGAAGAUGAGGAAUAUGCCGGUGACGAGUCUCGAUCCAAAACCUUCACGGAGAAUCCAGUUCCUGAAGAAGCCAACGACUGCCAUAAUUGUUUAGCUGCUUCGGAGUGCCUCAGGGUUGUCAUUGAGGAGGUCUUUGGAAAACAUCAUCCAGGGGACCCCGCUGAAGCUCACCCUAGUUUUGGGCCAUCAAAGGAAGAACCGCCAGAGGUUGACUCAAGCGAGGUGAAGCCGACUGAAGACUCCUCAGACCUGAAUCCAGACCAUGAGGAGCCCACUGAAGCUUUACUUGCGGGGUUGCGGUCUUCGUGUAGGUCGGUGGUGGAAGACUCUUCCUACAGACUCCACGCUUUGGAGGUAUCUUCAUCGGGUGGUGAGAUUACCAUGGUCCUCCAAGUGUCGCCGCUAGAAGAUCCGCAGUGAGAUGUGGAAAUGGAUGCUAAGCUAGUUAGCUGUUAGCUCCUCUUCACCGUUCCAGAUGGUAUGGUUGUGUUUGUAAAUAUGGAGUUCAUCUUCUCACCGACUGAUCCUUCACAAUAAAAGUAGAACUUCUUGGAACUUCUUUUGUUUCCCUUUGAAUUCUCAUCACUUUGGAGAACACGGUGGGGGGUAGUCCAGGACUGGGGGGGUACCAGACCACCUAAUUCAGGCAGUUCGCUCUCUAUGUGGCCGGAGAGAAUUGCUGGACUGGUUGGACUGGUUUCCAGUGAAGAAGCAGAUUCCAUUAUGGAGAGAAGUUCUGGACGCAUCCACGCCGUCGAGGAGAUCCGCUUUGGUGGAUGCAGGAUCAGGUCUCUGACCGCAGACGAUGUGGUCCUGCCGGCUUCAUCUGGUUCACAGACCAGUGUGAAGCGUCUGGAAUGGGAAUCAGGACCUCCAAGUCCGAAUCCGUGGUUCCUUCUCGGAAAAGAGUGCAGGACCACGUGGGAGAGACUAAGUCCCUCAACUGGCCUGGGAAUGCCGCAGGAUCCACCAGGAGGAGCUGGAUGAAGUACCCAAGGAGAUGGAAGUCCGGGCUUAUGAAUUAUAAAGUCAAAAUAUUAUUGCAAUAAAGUCAGAAUUACAAGAAAAAACUUUGAAAUUUGUAAAAAAAAACAAAAAAAAAACACUGAAGUCAAAAUAUUAAGAGAAAAAAGUCCUAAUUUUAUUAAUUUUAAUAGUUUUUUAAAAGUUGAAAUAUUAAAUAAGAAAAUUUUCACAAGGCAUAAUAUUUUGAGAAAAUGAGUAAUUAGUAAUUUAGCAAUAAGUCAUAAUAUUAUGAGAUUAAAGUCAUAAUCAUGAGAAUAAAUAUUGGAAUGGAAAAUAGAAAAAACAACACAACAAUAGAAAAUUCGGCAUUAAUUUUAGAAGAACAAAGACAAUUAUUAAGAAAAAAAAUAUUACGCUGAAAAGGCUAAGAGGAAAAAUAAGAUGGAUUUAGUGGCAUAAAAUGAAUAAAUUCAUAUUUGAAAGUCAAAAUAUGACAAACAAACAAAAGAAAAUAAAGUUGUCAUUUUUGGAAAACUAGAUUGGGGAAAAUGUUGUGAUAUUAUGAAAACAAAGUCCAAAUACUUUUGCAUAGUUUAAUAUUUUAUUUUUUAAUAUUUUAAUACAUUUUUUUAAUGCAGAUUAUUUGCAAAGAAAGGUGAUUUUUUUUUUUUAAAUACAGCAAAAAUUGGGUAAAAACCCAAAGUUGAUGCUAAUAACAUCUUGAAAUAUACCACUCAUCUAAAAAUAUCACUUAUUAGAUCAAAGUGGCAAAGUCGCGUUUGACCUUUUGACCCCUGCUCGAAAUGGUCUUCAACGCGUCCAAAAACACGGACUCCACGUUGACUUAGUUCAAGGCCAGCCACGUCGCACCGGGACAAGCAAGGGAUUGGGAUUUGGGAUAUAAUUCCUGCGACGUGACCGUCCGACAUAGUUGACUAUCAAUGAGCGUGUGGGGGGGGGGGGCGUGCAUUGUGAUAAAAGAGCCAUUGUUGGCAGCAGCAGUAGGCAGAGGCACGGUUGGAAUGGUGGCGCUCUCUCAAUGCCGUGAUUAAGACGCCGGACCGCACCACGCCGCACUCCCUGCUCUGCCACGGCGUAACCCUCAGACGGCUAACUGUGUCUGUGUGUGAUGCCGCUUAGGAGCCCGCUAACUCCCAGCCAGAGACACUGACGCAGCCGCCGACCCCGCAGACCCCGCAGACCCCGCCGACCCCGCAGACCCCGCAGACCCCACCAGUCGCUUGGCAGCAAACUGACGAGGCUGACGGCCCGGCGGCAAGA